CAAGAACCACUUAUUUGAAGUGGAAAAGAAAUUAAGACCAAAUAUGAGUGUGAGUUUUGAUCUCAACGAUCUGGAUGAGCUGACAUUAAAUGCCAAGCAAAUACAAGACAAUCUAUUAGAGGAGAUACUCACGAUUAAUACCAACACAGAGUACCUCCGACAGUUUCUCCAUGGAAGCUCUGAUAAAGAGCUAUUCAAGAAGAAUGUACCAGUUGUGAUGUAUGAAGAUGUUAAGCCUUAUAUCGAACGUGUCGCGAAUGGGGAGCCUUCAGGUGUCAUUUCCGGAAAAGCUGUCACUCAAUUUCUCUUGAGCUCUGGGACUUCUGGAGGAAAACAAAAGAUCUUCCCUGUUAAUAAGAAGUUUUUUGAGGACAUGGCAUUCAUCACUGCUCAAUCUUCGUCCAUAAUAUCCAAGCAUAUCGAGGGUGUCAAACAAGGAAAGACGAUGACGUUUUAUUUCGCUAGAGUGCCAUCUUCAACCCCCUCUGGCUUGCCAGUUUCUUUCGUGAGGGGAAGCUAUUUAACGAGUGAAUCUUUCAAGAACGAGUCAUCAUAUCGCUAUACAAGUCCUAAUGAAGUGAUGUUGUGCUCAGACAAUAAACAGGCUAUGCACUGCCAUCUUCUUUGUGGUCUUAUUCAGAGAGACGAAGUUGUGAGUCUGGCUGCUCCCUUUGCCUGUAGUUUAGUUGGAGCAAUCACUGUUCUCGAAAAUAACUGGAAAGAAUUGUGUAGUAACAUUCGAUCUGGCCAUGUUAGCGAGUGGAUCACUGAUUUUGCUUGCAGAGAAGUUGUGACUAACAUCUUGGGAGGACCUAAUUCCGAAUUAGCAGAUAGAAUUGAAGAAGAAUGCCAGAAAGAAUCUUGGAAAGGUAUAAUCACACGUCUUUGGCCCAAAACGAAAUUCAUUCAAAGUGUUAUUACAGGACAAAACGCACAAUUCAUUCCAAUGUUGGAGUUUUACUCCAACAAACUGCCUUUGAUAUCCCCCAUUUACGCGUCUUCUGAGACAAUGUUUGGAGUAAAUGUGAAUCCCUUAUGCAAGCCACAAGAUAUAUCCUACACUUUUAUGCCUAAUAUGUCUUACUUUGAGUUCCUACGCGCUGGCGACAACGGUAACGAGGGUGACAUUGUUGAUCUUGUGGAUGUUCAGAUUGGGUGCUACUAUGAGCCCUUGGUCACAAAUUAUUUCGGUUUACACAGAUAUAGAAUGGGGGAUAUUCUACAAGUGUCUGGAUUCCACAAUAAUGCACCUCAAUUUAGAUUUGUACGCAGAAAAAGUGUGGUUCUAAGCAUCAACGUGGAGGUAACAACUGAAGAAGACAUUUUGAAGGCACUGAAUCAUGCGACAGACCACCUUAUUAAAACUUCAGAUUUAAUAUUGAUGGGAUUCACAUGUUAUGCUGAUAUCGCCAGUCUUCCAGGUCACUACGUUUUCUACUGGGAACUCAAAGCCAAAAAAGUUGAUGACAUUGUUAAACUCGAUAACAAGGUAAUGGUGGAAUGUUGUUGUGUAAUGGAGGAAUCAUUAAAUUUUCUUUAUCGAAAGGUAAGGACAAACGAGGGGUCUAUUGGACCUCUAGAGAUAAGGGUGGUGCAACAAGGAACUUUUGAUUCUCUUAUGAAGCUGUUUAUCUCUCGAGGUGCUUCUGCAUCUCAAUACAAGCCACCUAUUUGCAUCAACUCUUCUGAAGCUUUAGAACUUCUUGAAAAUAGUGUUAUUGCUCGCUUUUUCAGUGACAAGUUCCCACCACCGUGAUCACACAAUUGAAGAAUAGGGACCAAAAUAUCCCGUGAGAUUGGUUUUAUGUUUAUAGCUGAAUUUGUAAUUUUGUUUGUACUAUUGUGUGGUUGUUCAAAAAAAAAAAAAGUUUGUACUAUUGUGUGAUUUGUGUAUUUCCUUAAAUUAUAUAUAAAAAUAUUGAUAUUAACCCUAAA